AUGGGAAUUCAGAGAACAGAGCUUAGGAUAGGAGUUGAGCCUUUUGACGGUAUAACUCCCAACUCAUCAACCAUGCCUCUCAUCCAGAUCGAGCUUCGCGUCACAUUUGGCAUGCCUGACAACUUCCGUACAGAAAAGCUGACAUUCGAUGUCUCGGACUUUGAGACGGCGUACAAUGUGAUCCUAGGUUGCCCAAUUCUGGGCAAGUUCAUGGUAGUGGUUCACUAUGCCUACCAAGCACUCAAGAUCACGGGACCCAAUGGGACCAUUAUAGUUAAAGGAGAUCAGCGUGCAGCGGUCAAAUGCGACAAGCAAAGCCUGGAUAUGGUCGAACACUUCAGUUGA